AUGCAGAGCCAUCAGCCAAUCAAAUGCGAAAUUGUGGACAAUACAUACACAAAAACCGUGGAGGUACAAGGACCACAAAUCAACUGUUCACUUCCAAACGAUCUACAUAUAACUCCAGAUCGUCCUUGGGGUUAUGAGCGUUCCGAGGUCGUCGAAUGCACGUCAAGCAAUACGUGUGACUCUGUCAAAUUUCGAUGGCACUGGGUUGCUGGACCGGUGCCUCAGUUGUCCGUGGAACCUGAUAAAAUUGAUAAUGACGUGACUGGGAAAGGCAAACGUUUGAUUUUAUCGAAAUUACCGCGCAGUGGAACUUACAUCUUCCUAUGUAUUGUCCAAUGUGAUUGUGGGAACAUUUCAAGCACGAGCGCCAUAUCAGUGACCUUGAAUGUGCAACCAGACCAACAGGAGGACCGCCGAUCGAAAUCAUCAGGCGUCCCUGACCCUGAGUUGGACCGGGAUCAGGAUGUAUUGGAUGAUGAAGCGGUUGAUAUGGAACCGGGAGAGAUUGGUAAAAGUGUCAUGAAACGUGAAGCUACUCUACUCACCAGUGACCCUAAUCAGACAGCAACCCUCGAUGAAUUACAGGCCACUAUGGACAAAGGCAAAGAGGAGCACGUGCUGCUGAAUACAUCUGGUACUUAUCUGGUCCCCACCGAUGUCACAGCGCAGAAAAAUAUAUUCAGUAGGACUACGCAGACGCCGUUGAAACAAGAGGAAUCUCAGACAUAUGCUGUUAGGCGUGGUCCCAGCCAUUCACAUGUUAUCGUGUUUCCCUCUCUUAACUUUGUUACCGGGAUUGCCUCAAAAGGUCGACUGGAAGACGAGCAGAAUACACUCGAGGAUAGU